AUGCAUCCGGCACGUACUAAAAUAAAAACUCGAAAGCUGAAAACGAUGAAACAGCCAAUAAAAUCAACUGUUGAGAUUGUUGGAAAGAAAAACAUUAUCAUGAAUGAUAAACACGGUGAAAAGAUACGUGUUGUAGCAACAAUUCAAAAAGGAGGAGAUGAUAAUCCACUUGCAAAUGUAAAAACAGCUAAUAAGUAUUCAAUUGUUAAAAGUGAUAAACCUGCAAGCAAAUUAAUUAAAAAAUCAAAAGAAAGUGUAAUGGAAACAUGGGAAGAUCAAUAUGGAAAUAAAAUUUCAUUAACAGAUGAUUUGAAAAAGUUAAAAGUUACAACAGAAGAAGCAUUACGUAAAAGUGAAGAUAAGGAAGUAAUAGAGAAACGUAUUAAGCGUACGAAUAGAAUAGUUGCAAUCUCAAGAGAAGAAGCAAUGUAUAAAAUGGAAUUGAAGAAUAAAAAAAUGAAAUUUGAAACUAAAGAAAUGGAUGAUAACAAACUUUUGGAUAUACUUAAAGCUUCCAAAGUGGAUGAAUUGGAUGUGCAGUAUACACAAUGUUAUUUUUGUUUAUUAAAUGACAAAUUUAUUUAUUUAUGCUCAUUCAUUAACUAA